AUGGCCAAGAAGGGCAAAGGGAAUGCCCCGUCAGGCGGGGGGUCAUCUUCCAAGAAGCCCAAGGACCAAGCACCAUCGGAGGGCGACUUCAUCGUGUUCACCAACUCUACGAAAGAGCCCAAGCCCAGGCGAGGAGGAGGAGAAGCAUCUGGGUCGGCGAAAGCUGGCUCAUCGUCCGAGGUGCCGCAAGACGGCCCUCCCAGGCCCACGGUCAAGCAGAUCAUCGGCGGUGCUUCCUGGACGGGCAAACUGCCGGUAAAUCUCUUGUCUGAGCAUUGCCAGAAGCAAAAGUGGGAGAGGCCCGAAUAUGACACACGGAAAUUCAAAGAAGGCUUCUCAGUCUUCGUCACUUUGAGUGCAAAGAACCCCAAGACCGGCGAGGUGACCAAGCUGGAUCCGUUCAAGCUGCCACCCAGCCACGUCCACCUGGCGUACAAGCCCACUGCCCUAGAGGCCAAGCACUUUGCCGCCACCUACGGCCUGUUCAGGGUCUGCAGCAUGAAGAACAUCCACAUGAUGCUGCCUCCCGACUACAAGUCCCUAUGGAAGGAGUUCGAGGCGCUCAAGAAGCAGGACGUCAAGGAAGGCAAGGCUUGGAUGUACGAGGCCGACCCCUUUACGGCCCUACGGGAGCGGGAGGAGGCGAAAGUGCUGGCCGAGAAGAAGAGGAAGGAGCAGCAGGCGGUCAAGGAGAAGGCCGCGAAUAUGCCGGGCGCCUCUGGCUUGGUGCUGCGGAGUAAUGCGGCCAGCAGCUCGGGCACCGGCUUCAACCCCAUGAAGGGCUGGUCUACGGCGCCCAAGAUCGAAAUGGGCGGCAAGACGCGUGCGCACCUGGAGGAACUCAUACGGCGGGACUCUGUGUGGAACCCCCACGGCGUGGAGAUUUCAAAGCCCGAGAAGGACGCCAUCAUCAAGGAGUUCAAGGGCCUGGGAUUCCGUCAGAGUCACGUCGAGGAGGCUGUCGGCGAAUGCAAGGACCGCGAGGAAACCCUUGAGUGGCUUCUCAUCCACGUUCCCGAAGACGACCUCCCUCGCUGGGCCCUGCCAGAAAGCUAUACCGCAGGUGUCAGCGUUGCCGCCACGGACCUUAGGAGGGAAGGUGCCAUCAAGCGACUAUCCCAGUCUGGAUACUCCGUAGAGCUGUGCAAGAAGGUCUACGACGAUAGCGGUGCAGAUGAAGGCAAGGCUGCUGAGACCCUGCAGAGGAUCCUUCUAUCCAGCGGCUCAGAGGAGGACAAGCCGGCGGACGAUGCUGGUGAGGACACCUUCUGGGGCUCACCUGACGAAUGCUGGCAAGAGGAACUGGCAAGUCUGGAGUCGGUAUUUGGCGAGCAGUAUAGCCGGGUGUCUCCGGAUGUCUGCCAAAUCAAGAUCCCUUCCGUGACCAACGGGCCCAACAAGAACGUUGAGACGUUCGUUCAAUUCCGAAAGUCGCCGAGCUACCCCUCGAAGCUCAUCCUGGCGGUCGUGGCAAACCUGCCUGCCUAUAUCAAGCUGAGCGUCAUCAAGAAGGCGUUGGCCUACGUGGCCGAGUCUCUCAAUGGCGAGGAGAUGAAGAUAUACUUCAUCGCAGACUGGGUGCAGCAUAACAUCAACGAGAUCAUCGAGAAGCCUGGUGCGCUGCGCGAGGUCUCGGCGGUCGCGUCGGCGGCUUCGGAAGAGAAGACAUCGGUGGCAAGAAAGCUGGCCAAGAGGGCGCCCCGACAUCCUCGCCGGGUGAACUGGACGCCGAAUCCGCGCAGUCGUGAGGAGUGGUUGAAGCGACAGGAGGCUUCAUCGUAUAAGAAUAUGCUCGCCCAACGCCAGAGACUACCGGCCUGGCAGGUGCGCGACAAGAUUGUUCAUAUCGUGAACGAGUUCCAGGUGACCAUCAUCUCUGGUGAGACUGGUUCCGGAAAAUCCACACAGUCCGUACAAUUCGUCUUGGAUGAUCUGUAUGACCGUGCGCUUGGGAGCUCGGCCAAUAUCAUCGUGACUCAACCCCGGAGGAUCUCCGCGCUUGGUCUGGCCGACCGUGUAAGCGAGGAGCGCUGCUCUCAGGUCGGCGAAGAAGUCGGCUACACUAUUCGGGGGGAGAGCAAAACGAGCAACAAGACCAGGAUCACGUUUGUCACCACUGGUGUUCUCCUGAGACGACUUCAGGUCUCUGGCGGCCGCACCGAUGAUGUGGUUGCUUCGCUUGCAGAUGUGAGCCACAUUGUCAUUGACGAGGUUCACGAGCGCAGCCUGGAUACCGACUUCCUUCUCAGCAUCCUUCGGGAUGUUCUCAAGAAGAGGCGUGAUCUCAAGCUCAUCCUCAUGAGUGCCACCCUGGACUCUGCUACGUUCCGCAAUUACUUCGUGGGCGACGGCCUCAAGGUUGGCAUGGUGGAGAUUGCUGGCAGGACGUACCCAGUUGAAGACUUUUACCUCGACGAUGUCAUCCAGGCGACCGGCUUCGGGUUGGACUCGCCGUCGGACGGGCCAGAGGCCAUUGCAAAGGCCAUUCAGAAGCUCGGCAGCCGAAUCAACUACAACCUCUUGGUCGAUACGACAAAGGCGAUCGACGAAGAGCUCACGCAGACUCAAAAGUCAGGAGGUAUUCUUGUCUUCCUGCCGGGCGUAGCAGAGAUCACGCAAGUCUGCAACCUGCUCAGGUCGGUGCCGAGUUUGCAUGUUUUGCCCCUGCAUGCUUCGCUGGAGACCAAGGAGCAACGCAAGGUAUUCGUGCCUGCCCCUAAAGGAAAGCGCAAGGUCGUGGUCGCGACCAACGUGGCCGAGACCUCCAUCACGAUCGACGACAUCGUCGCCGUGAUCGACAGCGGCAGAGUGAAGGAGACGAGCUUUGACCCCAUGAACAACAUGAGGAAGCUGGAGGAGACGUGGGCGUCGCUCGCUGCGUGCAAGCAGCGGCGCGGUCGUGCUGGUCGUGUGCAGGCCGGCACCUGCUACAAGCUGUACACGCGGAAGCUGGAGCAGCAGAUGCCCGAGCGACCGGAGCCGGAGAUCAGGCGUGUUCCUCUGGAGCAGCUGUGCCUGUCGGUCCGUGCGAUGGGUGUCAAGGACGUGGGCGCAUUCCUCGCGCGUGCGCCUACGCCUCCUGAGGCGACAGCUGUUGAAGGGGCCAUAAAGCUGCUCCGCAGAAUGGGUGCGCUGGACGGCGAGGAGCUGACCGCCCUAGGCCAGCAGCUGGCCAUGCUGCCGGCCGAUCUCCGCUGCGGAAAGCUCAUGAUCUUCGGGGCUAUCUUUGGCUGCCUCGACGACUGCGUCACCGUGGCGGCCAUAUUGAGCUCGAGGAGCCCGUUCCUGUCCCCGCCCGAAAAGCGAGACCAGGCCAAGGAGGCCAAGCUGCGUUUCGCGAGAGGCGACGGCGAUCUGCUGACGGACCUGCGGGCGUAUCAGCAGUGGGACGAGAUGAUGAGGGACAGGUUCCCUCAGCGCCAGCUCCGGUCCUUCUGCGACGAGAACUUCCUCUCGUACAACACCCUGUCCGAUAUCGCUUCCACACGAACGCAGUACUACUCCGCCCUGUCGGAGAUGGGCCUCGUGCCCCCGGGAGAGGUACCCAGGGCCAACGGCGGCACGCAGUCGAGAGCGUCGACCUCGACGACGCUGCUGCGCGCGCUGACGGCAUCGGCGUUCACGCCCCAGAUCGCGCGGAUCCAGUUCCCGGACAAGAAGUUCGCGACGUCCAUGUCUGGCGCCGUCGAGCUGGACCCGGAGGCGCGGACCAUCAAGUACUUUACGCAGGAGAACGGGCGCGUCUUUGUGCACCCCAGCAGCACGCUGUUUGACAACCAGGGCUUCUCGGGCAACGCCUCCUUCAUCUCGUACUUUACCAUGAUCUCGACGUCCAAGAUCUUUAUCCGGGAUCUCACUCCUUUCAACGCAUACACACUGCUGCUCUUCUCUGGCGCCAUCGACCUGGACACGAUGGGCAGGGGUCUGCUCGUGGAUGGCUGGCUGCGCCUGCGGGGCUGGGCUCGGCUGGGAGUCUUGAUCUCGAGGCUGCGGAUGAUGGUCGAUAACAUCAUUGCGCUCAAGGUGGACAACCCGACGAUGGACAUGAGGAAUAACGAGGUCAUCAAGGCGGUGACAAAGCUCAUUGAGCUGGACGGUCUGGAUGCAUAG